AAGUUUCGCACGCUUCUGAAAUCUGGAAGCUUGUUAACUUUUUGUGGUAUCAUCCUACUCAUUUCUAGUUUAGUCUUUAUAAUUGGACACGUUACAAGGAAGCAACGCGCAAUUUUGGGAAAUAUAAAAUAAUUUCAUCGCUAUGGCGGAUUCGGAAAACUCAGAACUAAUUAAAAUUUCGAUUAAGACGCCAAAAGAAAAAAAAGAUGUUGAGAUUAGCGGAAAAGGAACUGUGAAAGAAUUACGUGAAAAGGUUGCGGAAAAAUUUGCGUCAUCGCCAGAAAAAGUCGUUCUAAUAUUUGCGGGAAAAAUUUUAAAGGACAAUGAAAGCGUUGAAACGCACAAGCUCAAAGAUGGACAGACAAUUCAUCUUGUAAUCAAGAGUCUUCCACAAGCUCAAUCUAGUACAUCAGGUCAGAGCGCGACAUCUUCUCAAUCAUCUGCAUCAACAGCAACCGCAACUGAAAGUCGUCCGAAUCAACCUCCCCGAAUGCCAGGAUUUAAUUCAACAAAUUUGAUGGACAUGCAACAGCAAAUGCAACAAGAAAUGAUGCGUAAUCCUGAUCUAAUGCAGCAAAUAAUGGGAAAUCCAAUGGUUGAAAACAUGCUGUCAAAUCCUGAAGUAAUGGGACAAUUGAUGAGGGCCAACCCUCAAAUGCAGGCUUUGAUAGAACAAAACCCCGAAGUCGGCCAUUUACUGAACAAUCCAGAGUUGAUGCGCCAAGCAUUGGAAUAUACAAGAAACCCAGCAAUGUUACAAGAAGUGAUGAGGAAUCAAGAUCGAGCCUUGAGCAACCUAGAAAGUAUUCCUGGAGGUUACAAUGCAUUGCGUAGAAUGUACACAGAUGUUCAGGAACCAAUGUUGAAUGCUGCCCAAGAGCAAUUUGGCGGAAAUCCUUUUGCUAGUCUCAUUCAGAACAGCAAUAAUUCAAGUGGUGAUAACAAUGCACAAAGAGGUGUUGAAAACACAGAACCACUGCCAAAUCCAUGGGGAGGUUCUGGCACUAGAUCAACCGCAGCGACUACGACCACUCCAACAACAGGUAGUUCUACCAACACGUCAUCUUCUGCUGCCCCUGGUGUCGGUGGAAUACAAAACAUGAUGCAGGAUAUGAUGCAAAACCCUAGCGCAAUGCAAAAUCUUAUGUCAAGUCCAUACAUGCAAAGUGCGAUGAAUAUGAUGGCACAAAAUCCGCAGAUGACUGCUGCAGCAAUGCAAAACAAUCCCAUGAUUGCCAAUAAUCCCCAACUCCAGUCAAUGAUUCCAACAAUGAUUCAACAAAUGCAGAAUCCGGAGUUUCAAGCAGCAAUGCAAAAUCCUAGAGUUUUGCAAGCAAUGACUCAAAUUCAACAAGGCAUGGAUGUAUUAUCACGUGAGGCACCACAACUGUUGUCAGGAAUGACAUCCAUGCCAAUGAUGCCUCGAGCACAAACGACUUCGACACCAUCUUCCACGACAUCGACAACCCCAUCACAGCAGUCAACUAAUCCUCUUGCGAGUGAUCCCGAGGCUUUGUCACGGAUAAUGAUGUCACUGGCAGCCACGAACCCAUCUGCGAACACUCAACCCCCUGAAGAAAGAUUUCGAACCGAACUUGAGCAAUUGACAGCUAUGGGAUUUAUGAAUAGAGAAGCCAAUAUUCAGGCUUUAAUAGCAACAGGCGGAAAUGUUAAUGCAGCAAUUGAAAGGCUACUAUCUCGUUAAUAUUGUAUUUAAAAAUUGAUUGGAUUGAUAUUUUGUUGUAUUAACAUAAUCCCUGCAACCACAUGAUAUAUAUCUUAUUCUGCAAUCAGAAAUAAUUUACUAUAUCAUUUGUUUUGUAAAUAAUUACUGUAGCUUAAUUGUAUUAUGUCAGGGUUGGAAUUGGAAUAUUUCUGAUCAAUUUAGUGAUAUGACUCAAACAGACUAAUUUUAUUGAGAUUUGAUUUCUACUUUGGAGUUGAUAUUGGCUCCAACUAGGGUUGGUCAAAUAUUUCUAAGGCGGAUUGAAUUCUGAACAAGGAAUCUAAUACACCAUAUUUUUAUUAUCAAUCUAUGACAUGACAUACAUGACAAUUUUGAAUGAAAUUACUUGUAUCAUAAAUAACCAAAUUAACAGUAUUCUUGUAUCUUCGUAAAUGUCUGCAGGUCUAAAUUGAAUUUUAUAAUGAAACGCCAGUUACACUUUAAAAAACUAGAUGUAGGUGAUACAAAUAUUUAAUUUGAUUAUUGAAGUCAUAUUAUAAUCUGAUUUUCUCAACCCGUGGUUCCAACCCUGACAUUUUAAAGCAUCUUUCGUUUUUAUCGCAGGAUAAUUUAUUUCCAUCCCGUGUACAGGUACUUGCUGGAGAAAUUCAGCUUAAGUGGUUAUUUAUGAAAAAGCCAAUAAUCAUAUCUUGAUAAUCACUUUUGUUGCAUUGCAGGCUAUAUAACUCAAUGUGUAAAUGUAUACCUUGUUAUAUGAGAGGUAUUAGUUGUUUCUCUUGUUGAAUUUUGAUUUUAUUUGUCAAUUUUUUUGCAUUGUAUAUAUUAGACAAGGAAUGAGCAAGGUUGGACAGGGUACUUCUUAAUAGGAGAUUUUCUAAAGUAUAAUCUUAUGAAGGCUUCAUUCUCUCUUGUGUUUAGGAUGAGACAAUGAAAAAAUCCUAGUCGAAUUCAACAUUCUUUGUGUUUGUUUGCUACAAAAACCAACUAAUUUUUUGAUAAUUGCUUAAAUUAAUCCUUCUAAAUAAUUUUCACAUACUCUUUGAUUAGCUGUGUGGAAACUGAUUGGUCUUCAGUUUUAUUAAAAAACUAACAUUUUUUUCAGUCUGACAUAAUAGGUAAUUUUUUUUGUCUGGCGUGUGCUGAGUAAUAUAGCACAGCUCGUCCAAUAUCCAUUUUCUAGAAAAUAGCAUAUUAAGAUGGCAUAUAACAUUCAUUCUCUUACUAGAUUUGGAAACACAUUGGUUAAUCAAUAUCACUGAAUUUAUUGCUCUAAUUUAAGCCAGCUUAACAUAUAGUUAUAUGCUUUUAGUGUAUUCGAUCAGUUUGACUGCCGUAAUUGUAAAUAAUAUCCAGCAGUAUUCACCCCAUUGUUCCAUGUUAUAAUUCGUUCAAAUCCUCAUGUCUAUUAUUCAGUGACUGCUUUACAAUUGGAGUCAUCAAAAUGUGAAUAUGUAAUUUGGUAAUAUAAUACCUUGUGAUUCACAAACAGUCAAUUCCUUAUUACAAAUGAAUGUCAAUGCAUAGGUUCGCUUUUGCUAAACGCUAAUAUAUUAUAAUAAUAGCUAAUAAAUCAUCAAUGUUUCUUAUGUAUUUUCUUCAGAGACUGGUGCUCAUAGGCAUAGCGAUCACAUUUUCCAUGCCUCAUUUCUUUGGUUUCAGUGUAAUAUGUAAUAUUUCUAAUCAUCUUUUGAUAAACCGUAAUUUCCAAAGAGCCAAUUUUGAAUUGUUGAAGAUCUUGCUUUGAAAAUGCAGAAUUGUUGCUUAAUUUACGAGUUUUAUUUAUUUGAUGUUAGAUGUGUUUGAGUACAAGAUAUUAAUGCAUACAGAAAAAUGUGACCCCUCGUCUUUAAUUACUGGUUUGGCAAAAAAAAAUUUUGGUGUGGGCAAAAUGCUAUUUAUAUUGGACCCCAUGCAUAUUGAAAUAUAUAUUUUAAUAUUUGUGUUUGAAUAUUGAGUCAUUGGUAAAUAUACCGGACAUUAAAAUUGGCUUUCAAAUUUCACAAUUGCUAAUACUGUAUUUCAUAACUAACUGUACGUUGUAUGUAAAUGAUAUAUGUUGUAUAAUAUUUGCUUUGUGAUUUAAUUAUUCAUUAUGCUCUGCCAUACUUUCAUCUUAUAUAAGUUUAUUUGAAAUGUGGUUUCUGUGUUACUACAUAUAAAUGAACAUGGGAAUGAUGUCAUUCGUGAAAAAUUUGUCAAUUAUUUUUCCAAUAUUAAUGAGAAUGUUAUCUAUGUUCAAACAAAAGUUUUUUCCCGUAACAGUCAGCUUUCAGUAAAUAGAGGGAAAAAACAAGCGGGCAAUAUGGAUGUGGCCCUUCUAUGGCUUAUACUCUUACAUAAAUAUAAUUUGUGACUGAGUAAAUUUGUUAUCAAUCUUGUGUAAUAUUAUGUCUUUUCAGUGCACUUGCCAUCGACCCAUGGCAUCUUUACUGAGACAUGGGUUGCCUCAAAUGGUGAGGCGAUGCAAACCAAACCUAAUAACUUUAGCUGGUAAAAACUCUCCAGUCAUCUAUUUGGGGAUACGGAGAGUGGCAUCUUCAAGCAAAAAGGGAGCGUCUGCACCAGUGACUGUUUCAGAAAAAACACCAUAUGAGAUUGAACUGGAAAGGCUGAAAAAGAAAGAUCCUGAAGAAAAGUUUUAUGGAUUUUAUAAAGAUCAACCAUAUGUUGACAAAAUGCAAUACCAUUCUUUUUGGUUGAUAUUAUGGUCUUUGACAUUGAUGUUCCUCUUUCCUGUGUUAUCCUAUACACCAAUGUGGAGGGGCAAUGAUAGGAAAUGGAAGGCUCGGGAAGCACAUGCAUGGAUAGAAAAACGAAGAGCUAAUGACGAACCUUUGAUAAGUAAAGACUAUGCUCCAGCUGAAAUAAUAGAAGGCAUGGUGCCUCCUCCUGGCGAUUGGGAAAGAGAUUGGCUUAUGGCACAGCAAUCAGUAAGGCCAAGUGCCACAGGAGUCUACAACCACAAUUAUACGUUUUAAAUUGUUGCCAGGCUGAAUAAAUUAGUUUUGAUAUGUACGUUUUGAUAUAUCACACAAUACUAUUCAUCAUUUUCUGGGCAUCCAAUAUCUAAUCAGACUUGUGAUGUUUGACUUGCUUUAACUUGUUUUCUUUUCUGAUAAGUUCUCCUCAAAAUAUAUUUGUGAAUAAUAUGAUUAUGAUAUCUC